AUGACACGCUUUCUGUGGUUGCAGCUUCUGCAUCUUCUUGCAGCGACGGAGGAGAACCAGGACACGGACCGGGCCAAUGAAGCGAUCAACAUGCCAGACUUGGGCCGCCAUUUCUGGCUGGGCGAGCUCUACGAUUGCAACAAGGACGAACCUGUUGGCGGAAGCCUGUGGCCUUUGAGCGCAUUGGACAACCCUAGCUUUGUGCGGGAAACCAAUGCGGCAAGUGCAAGGUAUCGGCUGUCAUUCACAGACACCUUUGCCGAUCGUCUUGACCUGAUGGAUAUUCACGGUGAGAUUGCUUUCGAGGUCUCAAAAGGCGUCACAAAAGCACAAGUCAAAGGUUCAGGAAGCUAUCUGUCAAUGACGAAAAACAGUGACCUGGACGUCAGCAGCAGCCUGAUGAUGGAGGUGCGCACAGUCCGGAGGAGUCUCAAUGCGAUGGAUCCCAGCAUGCAAGCACUUCGGGCUGAUUACAUACCACCUCAAGCCACGCACUUCGUCAGCAGCAUCACCUACGGGGCAGACUGUGCAGUGAGCUUCCGGCAGACCGCCAGCAGUGAGGAGUUCAAGCGAGAUAUCCAGGCGAGCCUUGAAGGAAAGAUUAAAACACUCAGCUAUGAGCUUGAAGUCGCCGGCAGCUACAAGAAGGAGGACUUGGAUGUAGAGGAUGCGACAUCUAUCGGGAUUGACAUACAUGGUGACAUCAUUCCCGGCGAUCUCAGCGGCGCUCUUGCUGAUUCAAGAGCUUCAAGAAGACUUGCAUCGCGACGUCUCAAUACAGGACACUUUGAGGGCUGCGCGAGUACUGCAGGGUGGACGGAUGGAACUCCUGCCAAAAAUGGCUGCGAUUACUACGAGAAAGGGCAGUGUAGCAGCGGCUACCUUUCCGAUCCGAAGGAAGCGCACACUCUCAAUUUUCCGAAUCUCCAUUGCUGUGCUUGUGGCAGAUGUGCAGACGCUCCUGGGUGGACCGAUGGGCAGGGCUUGACCUGCGGUGCCUAUCGAGCACAGUUUUGCGAUGGCCACGCAUACACAGGAGAUGCUCCCGCUACUUUGAAAAAUCGUCCAGAUGAAAACUGCUGUGGCUGUGGACGUUGUGCAGACACGCUGGCCUGGACAGACGAAGAUCUCAACUCGUGUGACUGGUAUGCCGAUGAAUCGAAUGGGAUGUGCAAAGACGGGAAGUGGCUUAAAGAAUCGGCUUCUGGUCCGGUUUAG